AAAUUCUCAUUUUGUCUGAAGGAAACAGACUUUUACCGCGGUUUAUCCUCAGCCAGGCGGAUAUUGUGUAUUUUAGGACGAUGCCUUUGCAGCACCCCAGGUUCCAGUAACAGCUCAGACUGAAGUGUUGCGGAGUCAGCGGAGACACAACUUGCCAUGGGUCCCCUCACCACACCGAAAAAGGGAAGAGAAGUGGGUUCUUCUGAUCCCUGGACACCAACUUCUAACUUGAAAAUGCUCAUCAGUGCUGCGAGUCCAGACAUCAGGAAUCGAGAAAAGGAGCUGUGUAUGGACAUAUCUGGUCAGGACGCACCGGGAUCAGUACAGGACUCUGAAAAUGGAGACGAGUCUGAGAAACUAAUCAGCAGAAAAGAGAAGAGCCUGGGUUUGCUCUGUCAUAGAUUCCUUGCUCGCUACCCAGACUACCCAAAUCCUGGCCUCAACAACGACAUCUGUCUGGACGAUGUGGCUACAAAGCUCAGCGUGGAGCGGCGGCGUAUUUAUGAUAUCAUGAACGUACUGGAGAGCCUGCACAUGGUGAGCCGCUCUGCCAAGAACCGCUACAUGUGGCACGGCCGCACCAAGCUGACCCAGACACUGGCUAAACUGAAGCAGGUGGGUGAGGAGCACCGCUACGGGCAGCAGAUGCAGCAGAUCCGCCAGCGUCUCCUGGAGCAGGAAUUUGACUUGGACGGGGAGGAGAAGGAGAAUGAGGAGGUGGCAGAGCUGGAGAGUGGCGAGCAGGGACAGAAGGAGCUGUUCUUCGUGGAGCUCCCGGGAGUAGAGUUUAAAGCCGCUUCUGUGAACAGUCGGAAGGACAAAUCUUUGAGGGUGAUGAGCCAGAAGUUCAUCAUGUUGUUCCUGGUGUCUUGUCCUCGUGUUGUCAGUUUGGACGUGGCCGCCAAGAUCCUGAUUGGCGAAGAUCAGGUCGCAGAUCAAGACAAGAACAAGUUCAAGACUAAAGUGCGGCGGCUCUACGAUAUCGCUAAUGUGCUUCGAAGCCUGAAGCUCAUUGAGAAGGUCCAUGUGACAGAGGAGAGGGGGAAGAAGCCGGCUUUUAAAUGGGUGGGACCUGAAGAAUUCCCAGAAGUCAAAGACUGCAUGAGCUCCCCGUCUGCACAGAGAAGCGCACUGGAGCCUCGUGCCUCCGCAGAGAACUGUGCCAAAAACCUCUUUUCAUCGCCUGCAGCUAAACGCAGCUUUACCCGACACCCCUCCCUCAUAAAGCUGGGCCAAGAGCAUCCAAGACGACGCCGCAAGAUUAACUCCGCCCCCAGCAGCCCCGUCAAGACGGGCCUGGGUGAUUUAUCGAACACUGAUGUCGCGAACAAAAUGGCACUUGCUGCUAUUUGUCAGAUUGAGCUCGACCAGGAGUCUGAGACUGGAGGUGAUGAUUGUCAGUCUGCUGACACCGACAAAGCAGCAGGCCACGAGGAAAGCACUGAACACUAACGGUCCAACGCCACCAUCACGUGCAGCCUUACUCGUCCAACCCAGGACUGAGUCAACACUAUGGUCUGCCCUACCCCCUCCCAGUCUAAAACCAGAGUUUCCUACAUCCCUGCACAAUGCCCCCCCCUCAUCCCAGUGCUGGUACCUCACAAGCGAGGAGGCGGCCUCACCAUGUAUUUGCCCUCGUCCUCAAUCAGAAACCCUCUGGCCAGACCGCAGCCAACCAGCCUGGCUGUGCGCUCCAUGACCUUUGAAGAUAAGACUGGGCAGAGCCCAACGGCCAACAGUCAGCCUGUCUCCCAGGCGCCAGAUGUCAGCCAAUCAGUGCCCAAAAGGAUGUCCAGAGAGUCUGUCUGUGAGACCAGCCCUCCAAAGUCAGGAAGACAGACCCCAGACACGUCUCCAAAGCUCAGUCAUGUCCUUCAGGCUCACCCGAGGCCCCGUCAUGGUAUCUUACUCUCCACUCGACCCUCCAAUCGGGCACUCCAUCUGGACCCGGAGUUUGUCAACACCCCAGGCAGCGCUUGUGGCCCAAGAGGCUCUGGGCAGAGCAUGGAGACCUUCAUGGACAAGGAGGACAGGGUGGCAAAUUCCGACAGUGAAGCUGGUUUAACACCAGUCAGAACUGUGCCUCUCCCACGGGGACAGCUCCGCACCGAGACUUUAGUGCCAGCAGGAUAUCUGAUCCAUUCCCAGCAGCCUCUCAUCAGCUUCAAGGAAGGUCAGGAGUCAGGUGGAGAAAACAUCAAGAGUUCAACUCCUGCUUACAUCUAUCACACACCAACUGCAGGCUCCAGACCAGCUGCCACUCAAGAGGCCACACCCACCAACCUUCAUCUACACAGGCUGGUCGCCGUCUCGCCUCAUUCCACACAGCAGGCCCACCGCAUCCACAGUCCCAGUCCUGCCAUCGUUAACUUCACCCUGCAGAACAUGGGCCUGAUCCCAGGCUCAACCCCCAACACCCCAGAGGGUCCCGCCGGCUUGUCCAGCCCCCUGCAGGGGGCGCUGUCUCUGCAGCAGAGAGGAAUGGUCUUCAUCAGGCCAGCGUCCCCUGUCCAGGCCACGCCUGCGCAGUCACUGGCCCUCCUCAGUGUGCAGCAGCCUCUGAUGACCACCCCCAAAGGCACAGCCCUCCCCCAGCACAGCUUCUUCCACACACCCGUCUCCCUCUCGCCUCUGGCUGCCGUGGUAACCAGCAGGGGCACCACCUCCACCAAAAUGGUUUACAUCCCUCAGAGGAAGCUGGACGUGAGCACUGAGGACUCCUGAACCUGAGCGGGAGCCCGGACACAGCUGAUUACCUCUGAACGUUUCGCCGCGGUGACACCGUUUCACUCUCAGAUCAUUUCAUCACGUUGUUGUGAACAGAGAAAGGUUUAUAUUGUGGUUUUUU